AUGGACGACAGUGAGCCUGUACGUGGCCUUUUCCCUACAGGAAUCGCCCGUGUAGACCGGUUAGCGGGGUCUGGUGCGAUGACCAACGAUAGGGAUAAGGAUUUGAUGUUAAGUGAACAGGAAUAUUUCAUUUACUUUCUUCUUACAUGCAAGUGGUGCAACGUCAGAAGAGUCCGCUACAACGAUGUUGAACUUCAGCCGUUAGCAGAAUGUCUUGGUGUGAUUCUUGCCAUGCCAAACCAACUUUUGGACAAGCUUAGGUUCCGUGUUUUAAAAAUAAUUGAUGCAAUCGAUACAGAGAUCCUCUCAGAAGUAAUGGAUGAAGAGAGACAGGCCUUUUCACCAACAAAUUCACCAACACUUCCUCCUGAUGCAGCAAACUCGUUACAAGAACUCACAAAGUCGAAUUUAGCUCUUAUCACAGAGAAAAAAAAUUCAGCAACAAAAAACAAUGAUAUUGUUUAUCAUGAUACAGUUCCUCAAGAAGGUGUCAUUCCACCUAUUGAAAAGUUAAAUGCAGUAAAACCUAUACCAAUACAGGAACUUUAUAAUAAUCCAAAAG